AUGUCGUCCUGCUCCGACGCUGCCACGGCGGCGUGCCGAGAUGGCCUCACCUCCUCCUUGCUCUCCAAGGAGGAGCUUGUCCUACUCGUAUCCGUGGCGGAGGAGCAGCAGCCGCCAGUGCUCACGUGCAAGCCGCCGGGCCGCCUUGCCAAGGCGGCCAAGGAAACCUGGUCUCUGUCUUUGUCCGUCACGUUUCCCACGGUCCCGUCCAUGUCGGCCGCCUCGGCGCGGGAGGAGGCGCGGUCCAUACUGGGGCUGGCGGCGCCGAUGAUCCUCACCGGCCUGCUGCUCUACCUCCGGUCCAUGAUCUCCAUGCUCUUCCUCGGCCGCCUCGGGGGCCUGGCGCUCGCCGGCGGCUCCCUCGCCAUCGGCUUCGCCAACAUCACCGGCUACUCCGUACUCUCCGGCCUCGCCAUGGGCAUGGAGCCCAUCUGCGGGCAGGCCUUCGGGGCGGGCCACCACCAGCUCCUCGGCGUCACCAUGCAGCGCACCGUGCUGCUGCUCCUCGCGGCCGCCGUCCCCAUCGCCGGGCUGUGGACGCACAUGCGGCCGCUGCUGCUGCUCUGCGGCCAGGACGUUGGCAUCGCGGCGGUCGCCGAGACCUACAUUCUGGCCUCCCUCCCGGACCUCCUCCUCCAGGCGCUCCUUCACCCCAUCCGCAUCUACCUCCGAACGCAGUCCAUCAACCUGCCGCUCACCGUCUGCGCCGCGCUCGCCAUCGCGCUCCACCUGCCCACCAACUACCUGCUCGUCUCCGUCCUCGGCUACGGCGUCAGAGGGGUCGCGUUCGCCUCCGUGCUGGCCAACCUCAACUUCCUCCUCCUCCUCCUCGGCUACAUCCUGCUCAACGGCGUGCACAGGCGCACCGGCAGCUUCUUCGCGCUCUCGGCCGACAGCUUCCGUUGCUGGGGUGAGCUCGUCCGCUUGGCGCUGCCAAGCUGCGUCAGCGUCUGCCUCGAGUGGUGGUGGUACGAGAUCAUGAUCCUCCUCUGCGGCCUCCUCGCCGACCCGCAGGCCACCGUCGCGUCCAUGGGCAUCCUCAUCCAGACCACCUCGCUCAUCUACAUCUUCCCUUCCUCGCUCGGCUUCGGCGUCUCCACCCGCGUCAGCAACGAGCUCGGCGCCGACCGCCCCGACCGCGCGGGCCGCGCUGCCACCGUGGGCCUCGCGCUCGGCUUCGCCUUCGGCGCCGCCGCGUCCGCGUUCGCGUUCCUCGUGAGGGGCUCCUGGUCCGCCAUGUUCACGGCGGACCCGGCGAUCGCCGCGCUCACCGCGUCCGUGCUGCCCAUCCUCGGCGCCUGCGAGCUCGGCAACUGCCCGCAGACGGCCGGGUGCGGCGUGCUGCGUGGGAGCGCGCGGCCCAAGGACGCCGCCAGCAUCAACCUCCGCUCCUUCUACCUCGUCGGCACGCCCGUCGCGCUCGUCCUCGCCUUUUGGUACCACUACGACUUCAAGGGCCUCUGGCUAGGCCUCCUCGCAGCUCAGCUCACCUGCAUGGUGCGGAUGCUGCUGGUGAUCGGCCGGACGGAUUGGGCCACGGAGGCCAAGCGCGCGCAGCAGCUCACUGGAGCAGGCGUGGUCACCACGGCGGUGCUGGACGCCAAACCGAGCAUUGUGAUCGACGUCGUCAUCGAGCAACCAAACGAUCGGUGCUGACCGAGAUUCGGGCCACUCUUCUUUUAUCCCCUUCAUUUUUUUGGCGGGAGAGGUACCAGAGACUAACAGAGUGACAAUUUUGUUACCGAUUGGUAAUCUGUAAAUAUUAUUUUUUAACUAUUGUCAUCGAUUCAUGACAGAAGCUGA